CAGCUGGCCUUUUACUUGAUUUUCUAAAGCAAAGUUGGUUUCAUAUAUUUAGUAGACCGAAUAACAAAAAAAAUACAUAUAUUUUUUCUCCCCUGGUUUUACUUCUCAACGAAGGUUUUCAAGAAUUACCAAUAAUCGAUGGGCGAAGCUGUUGGUUCUAUCCCGACAGACGAAGUCGGAUCAAGAGAUUGGCACGGUUCUGAUUACUCCAAUACCAAUUUCGUAAUGAUUCCCGAAUCACAGAGAUCAACCCAAAGUAUUUGGAGUCAUAUUUAUCCAAAACAGAACUGGUUCGAGGAGAUGAAAAUAUGCUUAGAACGAAACAAAACAGGGUCAGAUGCUACCGAGUGGAUUUUGUCCAACUUCUACAGGUGGGAUAAUUUGAGCAAUCUUCAAGCUUGUGAAGAUCUGUCACCGAAACAAAUACGAUGUUUGACGUCUGUACUCCAAAAAACGUUCCUAUCUUUUACAGCUGACAGAACCGUUCUCGUAGAAACUCUAAAUUCAACUGGAGUAAUGCACCGUCAAAAUGUGCUGUCAACGUUCUUGCUUCACUUUUCGAAAGGAAACGAUAAAUUCCGAGAAUUUUUAGUUUCCGAGAACCUCAAAGCACUUGUCGAACAGGAAGUUUUCGAGAAAAUACGAAGAGCGUUUUUGGACCAAAACUCGGAAGAUUCAGCGUCACGUGCAAAGAAACGAAGAAAUAAACUCUUCGACCCCGUGGAAGAAGUCGAACAAAUUUUAGUGAAUUUGAGUUUGAAUGAAGACGCUCGUAAAGAAGUUCUGGAAAAAAUACUUUUGUUUGAUGAUCUAACCACUUGUCUGAAUGCGUGCGACGAACUAACAAGAAAGCAAAUAAGAACUUUAGAGCAAAAACUUGAGUGUGUUUUCUAUCAGCUGAAAACCACCCCUGUUCCUUUACGAUUGAAUGAAACGGAGAUCUUGAAACAUGUAACAAAGGAUCUACUGCUUUCAGACGAAGCAAUCGAUUGGUUGCAAAUCUGGAUGUCCAAAAUCAAAUCAUCGGGACCAGAUCUCAACGAGAUUGAUAGGUGCGAAGAUUUGACCAAGCGCCAGAUUUCAAAUCUCAAAGAGCGACUAAGUGAUUUCUACGGAGUAGACCAAAAUUCCGGCAAAAAACGAAAGCGAUCUGACCCGCGAGAAGACUUUUUGAGUCAUCUGUCUGAAAUACUGGUUUCUAACGGCAUCAAUGAUUCAGCUCAAAAAUGGAUACUCAAAGAAGCGCCGAAAUUUGAGACUUUAGACUCAUUGCAUGAUUGCGAAGAUUUGACGACGAAACAGGCCCGGAAAUUGAAAGAAGAUCUUCGGGAAUUGUUCGAAACUUUUAAAUCAACAAAUUGUGUUAUUACAACAUCUCACAAAAAAUUUGUCUCUAGAACGCAACAAGAAGCUACAAAUCAAUUUUUACAAGUUCGAACGGAACAUGUAAAGCCUACAAAUUCUCAGGCAAUUAUUUCUGAGUCUCGUGUCUUUUUGGAAACGAGUUGCAUGGAAGUUGAUGAGAAGGAUUCUGAAAUAUCAUUCACACCGCUGAUUUUAUUUCACACCGAAAUGCAGGAAAACUUCCUGGUUGAAAAGUUUGCUCUGUGUGAAGCAGGUGUGAAAUAUAUUUGCGAUUCGGUUCCUGAACAUUUAAGAGGCGAGACCCCCGUUUUCUUCAAGUCAAUUUCAGGAACCCCGGUCAUCGAUUUCGCAACUUUGGACCAACAGAGUUUUGAAUGCAUUGGUCUUUUUGGUCCUCUGGAAGCCGUAUUUAGAAACCUACAAGCAUAUAUUUCCGAAUCGAAAUUGCAGGUUUUAGAACACGAAUUAAAAGAACAAAAAUCAGGACUAUAUUUAAUCGAAGUUCAAAAUAAGAGACGACAGUUUUUAGUUUUCUAUUCUGAGAACGAUUCCGAUUUUGUAUCCGUGAAGAAAGACUCGCGAGCCGUCCAUUUAUUGCGUUACAUGAGUCAACUCACCAAUAAUGUAGUCAUGUGUCUAGAUGAGAAAUACCAGGAAAGAUUGUCAAACGAAGGCGAAACAAUUGACGUGAAAAACGACCGAAGAACGAAGUACAAUCUGAAAAAACAUGAACUUCAACCUGAAACUUUCGUUUUGAAAAACGUGGGAGUCCUAAGAAACAAUUCGAUAAACAACUCACAGCUAUUUUGUUCACAAAAUAGUUUGAUUGCAGCAAAAUUUGAGAAAGUUGAGCGCCAAGAAAAAACAAAACCUUUGAACAAGACGGGAAACGUUACAGAAAUAGCAGAACUCAUGGAUUCCAUGAUUAUUGAAGACUUUAGUUCGAUUUCCGAUGCUUUCAAAAGUGACUACACGAAGACAUUUUUCCCGAGGAAGUUCGAGGAGUUCGAAUCGGAAAUUGCACAGAAAAUUGAAUCAAUUCGACCACUAGAAGAUACAAGCACUAAUGAUAGCGUCCUAACUUCGGUUGCUCUACACUUCGUCGAACUUUGUGGUUCGAAAAUACAAUUUGAAGUAGUAAAAAAAUAUUUCACUUCAAAUUCUUCUCUUCUUCAAAAUGAUGAUUUGGGGAAAAAUCGAAUCAAUUUUUCCAGUCGCUCAAUAAACGGACCACUUUCAAAGGAGGAUGAAACAUCUUUGAAAAAAGAAAUUAAAUCGGACGAAAAUGAAAAUAAGUUUGCUCUGGAUAAAUUUCUGCUUUGGAAAGCAUUAGAAGAUAAUGGAGGCUUGCCUGAAGCGUUUCUUGAAAAAGAAUUUUCUGAUACAUCUUGGAAUGACAUCAGAGACUGCGCCAUUAAACGUUUCAAUAGCAGCAUUUCUAGAGUGCUCCAAUCUAGAGCCACAAAAAACCUUGACAGCCAAAUGAAAAAUUGUGAAGCCAAACUGGAUUAUUCAAACCUGCCAGAAUUAGCCAAAACAUGCAUAGACAUUUUUAUUGAAUGGAUGUGUAAUCUUGUCCAGCUAUACAGCGAGAAAGCCAAGUUCGUAACGUUUUGUCGUCAAGAAGUGCAGGGCAAACUUGACCAAACUAAGAAACAGAAAUUGGACCAACGCAUUCAACAAUUUUUCUAUGAAACUUUCCUGAAGAAAAAAGUUGAACGCAGAGACACUGAUCAAAUUAAUUUGGCUAAAGUUCGACAAAUAAGGGAUUUAGUUGGCUAUUCGAAUGUCUCAGCCAAAUAUCAAUGCUUGUACGAAAAGAUUUCACUUGAGCCUGCAAAAACAAGGAUUGAGAUACAUCACAUGACUGUUAGUCGCGCGGAACAUCAGCGUCUUGCGACAUCGGAUGAUGUCCUAGAUAUCAGCCAGCUGGAUUUCCCACAAAUUGCAACACUAGAGUUUCCAGAAACUGAGGAACUUCUUAACGCCUUCCCACUGGAAAACAACCUGAUUUUAUUGGUUUGCAAUGUCGAAAAACUAUCAAAAACCGUUGUGCAUAAUCUGUCGAACGUCAAUAAACCCGUUUUAGACAUGCCAUUUGGUAAAAAUGUGAGCUCGGCGUCCUUCGACUACAAGUCAAGAGUCUUGGCUAUUCAAUCGAUCAUUGACCCUGGAAUUGUGCAUAUGUUUAAGUUCGAAGAAGGUUUCAGCUCGCGACACAAUUUAAGACUAGUUGAUUUGAACAAACUGUUUGGCGUUGAGAAAAUCGUGGCGUUGUGUUUGCAGCCAAAUAGUAAAUUUUUCUGGUUUGAGAGCGAUGGCAGAAUCCGUAAAAUUGACUACAAAAACAGUGCCAUGGUUGAAGCUAUCAAAUUGGACGGCGUUGGUAAAACAACACUUAAAUGCACUUCAGAAGGAUCUUGUGUGGUUGCCAUCAAAGACGAUGACGAUGCAUGGCCUGUUAUGACAGACACUGGAAAUACGCUACCAAGAGUCGAAGGCUUGUCCAGAGAUGUUGCUAUCUUCUCGCUAUGCAACCAGAUCCUGGCUGUGACUUCUUUGGACUCCUACCUUUCUAUUCAUCAGAUAAUAGUUACGGGAGCUCAGCAUGAAACAAAACUUAGCAAAUCAUCUUUGGACCACCAGAAAACCGAGGGAUUAGAAAUGAACACUGGGGGCAUCAAAGAACAUUGGAUCAAUUACGUUUACUGGAUGUACACAAAGUUUCCUUGCAACGAUCUUUUGGCAUCGAACCAAGCUGUCAACAACUUCUGGAUUACUGUUGGGAAAAACAGUUCCGACAUCCAGUCAAAAAUUUCUCAAGAAAUAAGACGAAUUUUGAGAAAGAUCCAGAAAACUCGAAAACCAACAGACUAUUUGAAAUUUCGCGAAAAAGAUUUUGAGGAAUCGCUCUCCGGCAUCACAGAUAUUGAAGUAUCUGGAAUACCUAUGGGUACUUUCCUUAAACGCCUAAUAACUUUUGUCCCGAUUCAAAUUGCGCGGUGCCAGUCUAAUCAAUUUUCCAUUUUGGAUAAUGGUCAGCCCGUAUCUCUGGAUUCUGUCAAUGAAGUUUUUGAUUUAAUGGGAAAAAUCAAUUAUGGAUUCUAUGAGAGCAUUUUUAGGGCAUGGCCUGGAAAUAUUAAAGUCAUAUCUUCAAUGGGCAAGCAAACGACAGGGAAGAGCUAUACCCUUAACCAUCUGACAGGAUCCUCAUUCAAUAUUGCCGGAACCAGAUGUACAGACGGAUGCUGGAUGACCGUGAAAGAGCAAGAUGAUUGUCUCUACGUCAUCUUAGACUUCGAAGGAAUUGGUAGCUUCGAGAGAACUGAACAAGAUGACAUGCUUUUAUCCCUGUUCAACAGCGCAAUUUCGACUACUACUAUUUUUAAAACCGACAAAAGACUCGACAGAGAUGUCGACAAAAUGUUCAACAAGAUCAACAUGGGAAGCGAUCAGCUUAAAGGAAAUGAAAAAGUGUUUAAAGGGAAGUUCAUGAUUGUCAUUAACGAUGUCGCAGAACAAGAUGUCAAGGACACCCCAAAAGAGUUCGAGGAAAAAAUCAGCAACAUUGUAAAAAAGAGUGAAAAAAACUUCAUCGAGAACCUAUACAACAGUGACUUCGAAAUAAUGGCGUUCCCAGCAUUUGAGAGCCGCGAAUAUUACGAGAGUACUUCAAAUCUUCUCUCUAUAGUGCUGGAAGAAAUUAGGCCGGUUUUCACUUCAGGGCCAGACUUUUUAGAAACUGUUAAAUUACUAAUGGCAAAACUGGCCAUCAGUGAUUUCUCACCCCUAGACCGUCAACAAAUAGAUGAAAGAGCGCAAUCCAUAAGAUCUAUGCUGAACUUUGCUAUCUAUCUUGGACAAAUAUCCGACGAAAGUCCCAAGAAAAAAGAAUUGGACUUGAAGAGCUUUGACGACUCGACGUUUAGGAUCCCACUUGAGAAAGAAAUCGAUUUAGCCGGAGUGGGAAACGUAACACUGAAUGAUUUCGACACUGUCUUCAAAGAAAACCAACUUGAGAACACUGUGAUGCAGUUCUUGGCCAUAAUGGAGCCCAAUUGUGAAAACUUUGUCGAGUGGCGUAGUGGCCUCCAAAACUUCUUAAGGGAGACUAUAAUAUUCAGAUUUGAGCGAAUUAAGCAAUGGCUUGACGCCAACUUCCAAAUAUGGACUUCCAGAGAUAAUGCGGAGUAUGAUGACGUCAUAAAUAUUGUCAUGGAGAACCUUGAAAAUCGAAAGACAUGUUUUGAGCAGACAUAUAAGUUUUGCGAGGAGAAAUGCACUGAAUGUUUUUUGAAAUGUACACAAAUUGCCAACCACAAAAGCGGCCAUAAGUGCUCGACUAGCCACCUUUGCGCGGCCCAAUGCGAAUACUGUGAAUUUGGCAUGAACAAGUGUAAAAUUCCUUUCGGCCAUGAUGGUAAACACGUGUGCAGAGAGAUGUACAUCAAUCAUGUAUGUAGCGAGUCCUGUAAGUUCAGCGAGUUAAACGGUUGUGAUGGCGAAUGUCAGAAAAUCACUGGCCAUGAAGACGAACAUGCGUGUUCGGAGAAAAGACAUCCCUGUAAAGAAGUUUGCACUCUAGAUGGCUGCGACGGACGUUGCAUCAUUGACUGUGACGUAGACCACACUGUUCAUAAGUGCACUAAGGAACAAUGCAUUAACAAGUGUUCCCUUCCCACAUGCACAAAUAAGUGUGCGGCUUUGGACCAUUUUCAUGGAACCAAAUCCUCGAGUAAGUUUAAGGAGGAACAAGGUAUGGCGGACGAGCCCGCGUUUCUUCUGGAAGAUGGGGAGACGCAAUAUGACUGUGCAGAACAUUUCUGCGGAAAAGAACACCAAUGUGACAAAGAGUGCGAGCAUGACGGCAAUUGUCGUGUAUGGACUGAAAAGCAACCCGAAGACGAGACCUUUGAGGGUGAGAGAGAUACUUUUACUUACAACGUCAAAUUUGCAGAAAUGGGCAAGAAGGAGAAAUGUCGCCAGAAGUUGAAACCUUUCACAACAAGGCACGAUGGAGGUCAUUCAUGUUCAAAAGAAGUUCACUUCUGCACGACUAUCUGCCCAACAUGUGAGAACUUCUGCAACAAAGCAGCCAACCAUGAAAACAAUGGAGACACUUUGCACCGUACCAGACAUGGUAACAUGCGAAAAUGCUUUUUCGUCGCAAACGAAGAUGAAAUUCAAGUUGGAACUCACAAAUACAAAGUGGGGGAGCCAGCAGUUGCUGAAAUAUGUCACGUGUUUUGCAAAUCUCUUGGACGAGGACACAUUCACAUAGUUGAAUGCGACAGCGAAGAUUCGACUGCUUGUAUCUAUAGUGCAAGAAAGGAUCAAAGACGCCAUGAGUCUACAAGAUACCAUCCGAACCCAGAAAAACCCAAAGACGAAAUCACUCAUAAAGCUUAUUGGGCGUCCGUUGGGUUCGAGGAUCCCUGUCAAGAGAUUGAUGCCGAGGACUUCCAGAAGUGUCCUGCGUACUGCGCUGCUGAAAUGCACGAGGAAGAAGAAGAACAAAUAUUUUGUGAAAAGCCCCUUUGGCAUAACCCUGUAACUUCUAUGGCGGAAAUUUCUCGCAUGUCUGGAUUCCUCACGAAAGAUGGACAUGUAUUCCCAUGUCAGCAUCCCUCAGGAAUAUAUCAUUUUGUUCUAUGCCUCGAUGCUUCGGGAUCCAUGACCGGAAAACCUUGGGAUGAUGUCAUUGGAGCAGUUCGAGUUUUUGUAGCCCAGCGACUAGUUUUAUCAUCAUCAACAGACAGGAUGUCGAUUGUAAUUUAUAAUUCUAACGCCAAAAUAGCGGCUGAGUAUGAACCAAUUAAUUCAUUUUCUAGAAACUGGCUGACAUUCAUGAGCGGAGGUACGGAUUUUAGCAUAGCUCUCAACACUGCUGAUCAAAUAAUUGGAAGCCAUUUGGAUGAAAACAUCAAGCCUGUCUUGAUUUUCAUGUCUGACGGAGGAAGUUCCAAUGGAGAAGUUGAAAUGGAACAACUAGCCAGGAAAUACUGUGUGUCCAAUGGUCUCGAUGUCUACACUCUGGGAUUUGGAAUUAUCCAAUUUGAGAAACUAAAGGAAAUGGCCAGAUUGGGCAGAGGACAGUUCUUGGAAGCUGUAGAUGGACUGCAACUCAGAACAAUGUUCGUAGAAAUUUCCGCAAAGCAUCCUGCUAACAUUGGAGUGUCAUUCUAAAUUAGAAAUCACUGAUAUCCUAAAAUCUAAUCGAGUUUGUGUAAUUUCCAAAAGAAGAGUGCCAAGUUAUUCUAUCUAGGGCUAAAAGCAUUAAGAUGUUUUAAAUACAUUUUGUUUCUGGUAACAAUAAA